AAAAACAAGGGAUCGUCUCUGGCAGCAGAUUGACCUGCAACUCCAAAGUCCAAAACCUUCACAGAGCUCCUACACCAAUGGCGGAACAACCUUCCCGAUCGCCAUGACCAAACCUUCAUCUUCCGAUCAUUCUCCGUCAUCGCCGCCAUGAUCAGUAACGGCGCCACCUCUACCACCACCACCGCCGCCGCUUCUUCUUCCUCCAACACCGCCGCUCAAUCUCUCGGUCUCAAAAACUUCUUCAAAACUCCUGAAGGCCGGUACAAGCUUCUGCACGAUAAAACGCAUCCGUCGUCUCUUCUUCCGUACGCACUCGCUAAAUCUAUUACUCAGAUAACUUUAGCACACCUCAAGGAUCAACCGGUGCAGGCUACAGCAAAUUUGCCUGCCUUGCAGCCUAGCUCAACCUAUAGCGUUGCAAGUAGUGGAGUAAAAUACGUGACAUCAAAGUUCUUAGGAAGCAGCGGAAAUGGCAGUCGAAUGCUUGGAUUUGUUGGAGGAAACGGUACUGGUAGUAAAGCUAAUGGCGGAGCAAGUAAGAGUGCCCAUGUGGGUGCGUUGAGUAAUGGCGGAACUGCUACAAUCGGUUCAAAUACUUCCGAUGGUAAAGGGACGUAUUUGAUAUUCAAUGUUGGAGAUACUUUGUAUAUUACGGAGCUCAAUUCGGAAGAAAAGGACCCAAUAAAAUCAAUUAGUUUCGGUAACUCAAACCCUAUUUGUCAUGCAUUUGAUUCCAAAGCCAAAGACGGGCAUGAUUUGCUAAUCGGGUUGAAUUCAGGAGACGUAUACUCGGUAUCUUUGCGAUUGCAGUUGCAAGAUGUUGGAAAGAAACUAGUUGGUGCUCAUCAUUAUAACAAAGAUGGAACCCUUAACAACAGUCGAUGCACUAGUGUUGCGUGGAUACCUGAACGUGAUGGUGCUUUUGUCGCUGCUCAUGCUGACGGAAACUUGUAUGUUUACGAGAAGAGCAAAGAUGGUCCUGGUGAUUCUACGUUCCCUGUAAUCAAGGAUCAAACACAGUUCUCGGUUGCACAUGCGCGUUCUAGCAAGAGUAACCCCAUUGCUAGAUGGCAUAUCUGUCAAGGUCCUAUUAAUGCAAUUGCGUUUUCAGCUGACGGAAGAUAUUUAGCGACUGUUGGCAGAGAUGGUUAUUUACGGGUAUUUGAUCUCUUAAAUGAACAACUAAUAUGUGGUGGCAAAAGUUACUAUAGCGCACUUCUAUGUUGUGCAUGGAGUUCGGAUGGAAAAUACAUUUUGACUGGUGGAGAAGAUGAUCUCGUUCAGGUUUGGAGUAUGGAAGACCGGAAAGUAGUAGCCUGGGGAGAAGGUCACAACUCAUGGGUUAGUGGAGUUGCGUUUGAUCCGUUUUGGUCGCCGCAAACUUCAGAAGACGAAUCUGAAAAUGCAGUAUACAGAUUUGGUUCUGUUGGUCAGGAUACACAGCUUUUACUUUGGGAUCUUGCAAUGGAUGAACUUGUAGUGCCACUUCGUCGACCACCUGGUGGGUCCCCCACAUACAGUAGGACCCAGUCAUCUCAUUGGGACAGUGUGGUCCCCGUAGGUACCCUCCAACCGGCUCCCAGCACGAAAGACGUCCCUAAGCUCGCACCAUUGGUGGCUCACCGUGUCCAUUCAGAGCCUUUGUCGGGUCUAAUCUUCUCUCAGGAGUCCAUCCUCACGGCUAGCCGGGAUGGACAUGUAAAGAUUUGGAUGAGGCCCGGAUGUUCUGAUAGCCAGGUCAGCAGUUCCGAUAAUUGUACACCUGUGAAACCUGCCGGAUCUGGGUUCAGAUAAACGAUUUAGUAAUUUGUGUUCUCAUAAUUUGUUGUCUGUGAUUUUGACCGUGUUACGAAAUGUAAGAAUAAUUGGUUAUGGGCAUUUGAAGACCAUACAACUAUAAUGUAGCAUUGGUUUUUUUUUUUUU